UGUAUAGUUGCAGUGUAUCUGUUUUAUCACAGAUUGCGUAUCAAUAUCGUGAUAUCGCCAAGCAGUCAAACAUGAGCAAUUCGGACUGCUUCCGAUAACUCUUGCGUCAGCAAAAGGUCGAUAACAUGGCUUGAUUAGUCAUUGGAUGAAAUCUUGUGAUAUAGUCCAGGUCUCUUCCGUUCUUGUAAUUGAUUCUAUAAGCUCUUUACACUAUCUUUCUCGUGAUACUCAAUUUCUCCGCAAAUAUACCGCAAAUAUACCAUUUUUUCAGUUCAAAAGUUCUACCUAAAACAAAAUUGGGUUCCCUGUGGAACUAAUAAGAAGAGCUAGACUGGGCUAGACUUAAAACAUAUUCGACUGCGCGUCAAUUGUGGUAUUUAGAUUUUUCUAAAGUUGAAUUGUUUUCAGAAAACAGGCUGUGUCGUAACAUGCGCAACAAGAACUAAAGAAGGCAGAAGUUGAGUAAACUUUUUCAGGUUUAAUUACGUUCAAAAAAUGUUCAAACAACUACAUCGAAUUGAGUGUGCGUAUCAGCAAGAAAUACAGCUAAAAUGAAAGUUUCGUUCAAUGAAGGCUAUAAACAUCGACCUCACGUAUCCAAAUCGACCUGGUUGCUAGAUUCAAACGUAAUGGAGCCAGACUUUCGAGUUCUUGAUUUGCUCGGCGAAGGCUCUUUUGCCCAGGUCUUCAAAUGCGUGGAGAAGAAGACAAAAGCUCCAUUUGCCCUGAAGGAGUUCGACACGACAAAAGAUGGCUACGAGAGAAAUAUUGUUCAACAAGAGAUUAAGAUAUGGAAAGGCUUGGAACAUGAAAACAUUGUUAAAUUGUAUGCGAACUUCAGGAGUGGAAAAUAUCUUUAUUUUGUCAUGGAGUUUAUGGAAGGAGGUAAUUUGUUCAACGACAUGAUGGAGAGGCAUAGAUAUAGUGAGAAAGAAGCAGCGAGUAUUUUAAGACAGGUCCUUGAGGCACUCCAGUAUCUCCACUCCAAGCGAAUAGUCCACAGAGACAUAAAACCAGAUAACAUUCUCCUCCAAUCAAAACGCUCCCCUGAUUCACGACAGCCAAUUAUUGCAAAGAUAGGUGACUUUGGAUUCGCUGUAAGACUUCCUAAAGACUCUGACGUCAUUCACUGUCAAGCCAAGGGAGCCCCAAUGUUUUUAGCCCCUGAGACCAUCCUCGAGGAUCCUAUUGGGUGUCCUGUUGAUAUCUGGUCAUGUGGGGUGUUGCUGCAUACAAUGAUUGUUGGCUAUCCGCCAUUUUGGGACGAUAAUAAUGAAAAAAUGCUCUUGUCGGCUGUUCGCGGGCAGUAUUCGCUCAGCACCACAUGUUGGAGAAAGGUUUCUUCAUCUUGUAAAGACCUAGUCAAGAGGAUGUUGUGUGUGUCGUCGUCACAAAGAGUUACAGCGUCGUCAGCGUUGAAGCACCCUUGGGUGUUUAAAAUGUCCCUAUCGUCACCAUGCCCCCAUCGAAAAGAACACAAAUUUCUUUGUCAACAGACUUUAAGUACUAAACUAAAAAGCACUUUAUCAAAGCUUCAUGCGAGCAUGGGGUGUACGCAAGCACUUGGUGUUAGUAAGUUCAAAGGGAAGUUCUUUCCGCUUCAUCAUUCGGCACAUAAUCUAUCAACUCUAUCGAUAUAAAUGCAAGCAGCAAAUCUUGGGUUGCGUGGAAUAACGGAGGAUGUGUAUACUCAAGACAACAGUAAAUUGCACACGGUCGACGCAAAAUUGUCACAGCAACGCGCGACGAUAAACAGUCCAGUUAAAAUCAAGUUUAAUAAAUCCCUGAAAGCUUCCGCUCUUACGUUUUCUGUACAGAAUCUUAUGAUGCAACAGUUGUAUUUUUUGCUAGAAAAAAAAUACUUAUUAAAAAUAAUAGCAAAAGUGCAUGGGUAGAUUCUGUUUCCCAUCAUGCCUUCUUCUGGAAAAUGAACGGUGCCCAUUGUUAUCAAUAUUGAACACCAAUCAGAGGAGUUGCUUUUAUCACGUGGUUAGGAAUCAUUUGACCUAGAAUUGACUUGAUUGGAAAAGUAUUUAUUAAUGUUUCGUUAUGCGAGUUUUUUUAUGAACACUCGUUAGCCUUAUCGAUUCCCAUAAACUCCAUGUACGGUGUGUCGCGUGUUAACAAUAUCGCUUUCUUCUGAAUGACGUCAGUAAAUAUAUGAUGUUCUAUUAUGUGCAUGCUCCGCAACAGAAUCAACCUCGUUUCCAGGACUUUUGGGCCUUCGCGCCUUUCCUGACUUAAAGCGAAGGGAUAAAGGUCCUGGGAACGAGGUUGCAACAGCACUAGCUAGAGCUCGAUAAUAAACAAAUGUGAAAAUUAUGAAGAUUAAUACGACAUACUAUCAAAUAAUUAUCUUCGGAAACUUGGGGUUUUUUGAGUGUGCCGGGAACAAUUUAAAAAUGGGCGCGCCAGCAACGCCAUUUUAUGCAGUAAAGCGUGAUGCUAGUUGUAGUCCACGUACUUGAUGUCCGCUAAAACAAUCCUUCUAAAAUGUGCUUGCUUUUUAUAAGCCGUUCUACAAAGUAAGCGUAAAAAAAUGUCGCUUUCAAGGAUAUAUUUUAGGGUCUAUAAUAAGUGUGAGGACUAGAACUACCAUCAUGCUCUGCGGAACAAAUGGACAGCGUUGCUGCACAUUGCAUUGCCUAUAGACCAAAUCGGCUAACGCGUUGCUAUAUACGUUACCACCCAAUUCAAAUCCUGUGGGAAAAAGAAGUUUUGUUUCUAAGAAUUCAUCUGUGAAAUGAAAAUACAAAGAACAAUGAAACUUACUCCCGGGUAGUUUGAAUUGGGUGUAAAUGUUUAUAGCAAAGCGUUUAGCCCAUUAGGUCGAUUGCAAGAAAUCGAAUCAAGCAGUAGUCUUUUCCAUUUCCGAGCAGGGUUACGAAGAAUCGCAGAAAGUGUUCUGUACUUUUUGUACCGGCUUUGCACACAAAAAAAUAUUACAUGUUAUUAGAUAUUAUACUUGUUGGCCAUAAUAAUGUGGUGUUGUA